AUGUAUCCAGGAGGCAACAACGAUCCCAACAAUGUUGCUAGGAUGGCUCAGCUUUUGAAAAAUCCGCAGUAUUUAUCCAUGUUGGCCAACAAGAUGAACACUCCUUUUUUGCAAGGCCAGCCAACUUUGAUACAUCACCCAACGGCUGGCACUACAAUUACUCCCAAUGCUAUGGCAUUAAUUCAAUCAGCUGCUCUUCAACAACAACAACAACAACAGCAGGCUAAUAUUAAUGCAACAACAAAUGGAGGAGCUAGAAUAAUGCCAUCAACAGCUAGUAUUAUUCCUAAUGGUAAUGGUGGAGUAAAUAAUAAUAAUAAUGGAGCAGUUAGUAAAUGGCAUGACGAUUUGAGUAGACAUACAAGACAGGAAUUAUUCAAUACAAUAGUAGAGAUUAAAACUGGUAAAUCGUUUAAUGGUGACAAAUCAUCUAUAGACAGCAAUUUGAGCAAAUCUAUUCUUAAUCAAAUCAGUAGGAUAUGGAAACAAACAAAUUCUAAAGAACAAUUUGCUCAUGAGUUAUCACAAUGGCUUGCAACUGAAAAUACAGGUGUUUCUGAAACAGAUAUUGAAAAGAAAUUGUUGGAGCUCAUGAACAAACCUGGUCAACAACAAAAACCAUCUUCAUCUGUGGGGGUUGAAAACUUGUUUGGAAUGAUGACAACAGCUGCAUCAUCAAUAGGUACAAACAGUUCAUUCCCAAAUAUUACAAAUCCCAUCAAUUCAGCCAAAAACCCAACUGGAGGAACAAAUACAACAACAGCCACAAGCACUUCUACUACCACAACAACAUCCAACACAAACACUUCCACUACUACUAAUACAGCUGUAAAUAAUACCAAUGGUGUAACCACCACUAGUGCACCUCCUGUGCCUAGCACCAAUCCAACUAAUCCACCCAUCAAGAAAAUUUCUCCACAAGACAUUGAAAAGUAUUUAGGAUUUGCCGAUUUCUUAAAGCAACACGAGGAUAUGAUUAGACAAUACAUUAGAUCAGUUGCUACGCAGCAUGCCGAUUUAACUAAACGACUCAAAACUUUUUCAGUACUCUCAUCUGAGGAACAAAACAAGGUAAAAGCUAGUAUGCAAAAGAAUCAAAUGAUUUUAGCAGAAUCUAAAGCACUAGAUAAGUUACUUUCAUUGACUACUAGAGAAGAUCGUGUGAAACUUUUGGAAAAUUUAACUCAAAAAUCCUUUGCAUUUGCAGUUCAUAUUAAGGAUGUUAUCGAGAAGAAAUUAAAACCUGUCAAAACUGAUACUGCUCAACCUCCAACUGCUACUGCUCCUCCACCUCCACCUACCACUUCAGCAACAGCCACAAAUAAUACAAGUAGCACAACCGUUUCUUCAGUAUCGUCUACAUCCUCAAUCAAUAACGCUACUGCUGUUCCUGUUACAAAUCAACCUAGUGUUACUCCAACUCCAACUCAAUCGGCAAAUCAACAAACAGCACCUGCUAGCUCAUCUAAUCCUCCUUCAGCUGUCCCUUCCACAAAUCAUAAAAAGGAAUCUGGUGAUGAUGGAUUUUUCAAUUUGAAAAAGAUUGGAGAAUCUUCUAUUAUAACAUUUAAUCAAGAUUCCUUUUACUCUGCUUUAGGAGAAAUGAAUAUCAAAAAUCUAACACAUUCUACUAAGAGAAAACUUAUACCUGAGUCUACAGAACAUGAAAAAGUUCUAAAGAGAGUCAAAACUCCAAUCGACAUUUUACAAAACAAUUUAACUAAUUUAAUUGAGUUUGAUAAUGUAAUAGAAUUUAAAAAUACAAUUAAUAUCAAACUUAUCGAAGAUGCUAGAUACCAACUCGAUUUUAUAAUUAACCCUAUUGAAAAAGGAAUUUUGAAUUUACCAAUUUUAACUUUAUGUGUAAUAGUUAAUCAUAAUGAAAUAAUACCGUAUUCUAUAUCAUUUUCUCAAAACUAUGCCAAUGAGAAGAAUUCUAUAUUUGUAAAUAUUAGAAAAUAUUUUAAUAAUUUAUUGAUUGAAAACACAACUAGUUUUAUUAAUACAAGUGACAUGUUGAGCACCCAAAACAACACUUACCACAUACAAAGAUAUAACCUCUCCUUGAAUUGUAUUUUAAAUAGUUGGAUUACCUCAAUUAAUACCGUUGUAAAAAAAGAAUUGCAAUAA